AUGAUAAGGCAUUAUUCUUUGUCAGAAACUCCUUCUCUUGCUAUUUCUAUCUAUAACAAGAUGAGGGUUAGUGAAAAUGUGCAAGUAGAUAACUACACUUUUCCUUUCGUUUUCAGAGCUUGUGCUAAUUUUUUGGCCAAUGAGAAAGGUAGGGAGGUUCAUGGAGUGGUUAUUAGAAUUGGGAAUGACUGGGAUAAGUUUGUACGCAGUUCGUUGCUAAAUUUCUAUACUGUUACUGGGGAAAUUAAUGAUGCACGGCGGGUAUUUGAUGAAUCUGAGAUAAAAGAUGUUGUUCUCUGGAACACAAUUAUCAUGGGAUAUGCUCGAGCAGGGAGGGACUUGGAAGCCUUUGAGGUUUUCAAGGAGAUGAUUGGACUGAGAGAUAUUAGACCCAAUGAAGGGACACUAUUGGGUUUGAUCCUGGCUUGUUUGGUUUCGAAAGAGAUUAAAUUAGGGAAAGAGAUUCAUGGUCAUGUUGUAAAAGAGAUGGGCUUUACCACAUAUGUAAAAAUAGGAGCUGCCUUAAUUGACUUCUACGCGAAAUGUGGACAAUUGGGUGAUGCAAGGAAAGUAUUUGAAGGAAUGCCAGAAAAGAAUAUUGUAGUGUGGAACUCAAUGAUUAGUGGCUAUUCACUAAAGGGAUCUCCAUGCCAGGCAAUUGAUAUUUUCAGGGAAAUGGUUGUAUUGAAUGUUAGAGUUGAUAGGUUCACAAUCUCUAGUGUUCUUUCUGCUUGUGCCCAGGUGGGUGCUUUAGAUCUGGGAAAUUGGGUCCGACAAUUUGCAGAGAGCAACAAAAUCUGGGAUGUCUUUGUGGGCACUUCUUUGAUUGAUAUGUAUGCCAAAUGUGGUUUCAUUUCAAUGGCAAGAGAAGUUUUUGAUCAAAUGCCCCAAAGGAGUGUUGCCACCUGGAAUGUCAUGCUUUCUGGGUAUGCAUCCCAUGGGCAAGCUCAACAUGCAUUGAAUCUCUUCUUUGAGAUGGAGAAGUCUGGGCCUAGACCUGAUUCUGUCACCUUUCUUGCUAUCUUAAAUGCAUGUGCUCAUGUCGGCUUGGUUGAGGAUGGAAACAGGUUCUUUAAAAUAAUGUUGAAACAUUGGAAGAUUGUUCCUAAGGUUGAGCAUUAUGGAUGCAUGGUGGAUCUACUUGGACGUGCAGGGCUACUUAGGGAAGCAAAGGAGCUAAUCAUGACAAUGCAAAUUGAACCAAACGUAAUUGUUUGGGGAGCUCUUCUCAGUGCCUGCAGCAUUCAUGGUAACGUUGAGAUAGGUGAGUGGGCAGCUCACCAUGUCCUCAACUUGGAUCCUACAGAUGGUGGCUCCUAUGUGCUUCUAUCAAAUGUUUAUGCAGCAGCUCAUAGAUUUGAUGGGGUUAAGUCAGUAAGGAAGUUGAUGGCUGAGAGGGAAGUUUGGAAGCCACCAGGAUGUAGCUUGAUUGAGGUUGGAGGAAUAGUUCAUGAGUUUGUUGCUGCAAACCGAACACAUCCUAGAUCAGAAGAGAUAUACUUAGUGUUGAAUGAGUUAAGCAGGACGUUGAAGAUGGCUGGCUAUGUGCCCAUGUUUGCUGUCAAUGAGGAAUGUUAA